UCUCUCACUUUCCCCCGCGUAGAAGAAGCAGUUUGUCAGUCGCUCAGUCUCCCCGAUAGACUUCUCAGCAAGGUGUCUGCCUGGCCACCGUCGUCGUACGCGGCUAGUCUGCCCCCGAAGACACCCACCCUACCCCGGGUCCUGUGACCAAACUUCUACCCCCGGUGAUACCAGCCUGCUGUUUUCGGCCAUGGCGACGAGUGCGAAGCGAAAGCAGGAGGAGACUCAUCUGAAGAUGCUCCGGGAAAUGACUAGCCUGCCCGCGAAUAGGAAAUGCUUCGACUGCGAUCAGCGCGGCCCGACCUAUGUCAACAUGACAGUGGGCUCCUUCGUCUGUACUACCUGCUCCGGGAUCUUGCGAGGACUGAAUCCCCCACACAGAGUGAAGUCCAUCUCUAUGACCACAUUCACACAGCAGGAAAUUGAGUUCCUACAGAAACACAGCAAUGAGGUCUGUAAACACAUCUGGUUGGGCCUCUAUGACGACAGGACAUCAGUUGUUCCAGAUUUCCGAGAACCACAGAAAGUAAAAGAGUUCCUUCAGGAAAAAUACGAAAAGAAAAGAUGGUAUGUUCCUCCAGACCAGGCAAGGGCAGUAGCAAGUGUCCAGGCCUCAGUGUCUGGCUCCUCAGCCAGCAGCACUGGCAGUACCCCAGAAGUCCAACCCCUCAAAACCCUGCAGCUCAACAAGACCCCACUGCGCCAGUCUCCAGGGCUAGGUCGUUCACAGGCUCACAGCGCUGCUCAGGAGAAAAAGUUUGACUUGCUCUCAGACCUGGGAGGAGACAUCUUUGCUGCUCCACCCACUCAAACUGCCAGCUCCACCAACUUUGCCAACUUUGCACAUUUUCCAAGCCAGUCGGCACCUCAGGGUAAUUCAAACACCAACUUUGCCAACUUUGAGGCAUUUGGAAACACUGCAAUUCCAUCCCAUCUGAGCACGUCUCCCCCCUCAAAGUCCUUUUCAUCAGGGGGAGGUGUGCCAAUCCCAUCAAUGUCUAGUGCUGUCCCUGCCCAGUCCCAGACAGGGAGCUGCACAGAGGACCGCUAUGCUGCUCUGGCCGAGUUAGACAACGAGCUCAGCUCCUCUGUCUCCACAGCCAGCAAUGUGCAAGGGAACCUGUUUGGACCAGUGCUUGGUUCAUCACCAGCCCAGAAUCCACCUGUGUUACCCAGCAUGCAGCCUGGCUUUGGAGCCGUCCCAUCCACAAAUCCCUUCGUUGCUGCAGCUGUUGCCCCAGAGAUGGCCACCAACCCCUUCCAGACCAAUGGCAGAGCUCCAGCUGCAGCCUCCUUUGGUACUGGCUCUAUGAGCAUGCCUGCUGGCUUUGGGAAUGCGUCCUCCUACUGCCUCCCGACCAGUUUCAGCGGAAACUUCCAGCAGCAAUUCCCUGGGCAGGCCCCCAUCCCUUACGCUCAACCUGGGGCCUACCACCCUCAGUCUAAUGGCCCUGCAUUCCCGGUCUACAGUCAGAACAAGCCCUCCAUGACGCCUUUUGGGCAGCCCAUGGCGGGCCCUGGCAUGUCCAAUAACCCAUUCAUGGCGGGAGCCCCAGCCGGGUCAUUCCCUUCAGGGGGUUCAUCCACCAACCCUUUUCUGUAGCACACUUCCAGGUCCUCGCCACCAGAGGGCAGCAUGCAGCACAUAUUCAACGCACCCGUUCCGUCACGCAAUUAGUGGCAGUACAUUUCUAAGAAAAAAGACUUAUGGGUUUUUUGUUUUUUUUUUCCAUAAAAAAGUUUACAACACUAUGAAGGAGUACAAAGGACUAUAUUGAAGACUAAGGGACUGUUAUAUAUAUGGGGUCGGGGGGUAUACUGUUUGGACUAUAUACAGAACAUUAUAUGCUUUUUAUUUUUUGUUUAUGACUGUAAGCUCUGUGCAUAUCAUCAUUUGUAAUCGCAAUUAAGUACAUGUUAUGUAUAACAAGGACUGAGUUAACAAGGGUGAGUAUACACACACCUUGUGGAAAAAAACCACUACAAACUAUCUACAUAAGUAAGGAUAUACACUUUUAAGAUUAUUAACAGGGUUCUAUCCAAAUCCAUGAUCUGUGGUUUGAAGCAGCCAUGGUGAUGCAGGUAUUUCAUUUCAUUUUCAAAAGGGAUUUUUCUUUGUUAUUUUAGCAUAAUACUAUACUGGCAUUAAGGUGCAAAAUGUCUUUUAUUAACUUAAAGAUCCAGAGUGCUAUUUGUUAUUCCCAAGAGUCUAAAGUUGCCUAUAACCCAAAGCAACCAAAUCCACAUCUUAUUUUGAAUCCGAAAAAUAUCCCAAGUAGGUGGAUGGGACAGUGACCUGGGCCAUUAAUCAUCCUUUUAAACAUGAGGUUAGCAGAGACCUCAAAUGCUUUAGCCCAUCAGACAAAGGGACAGGCAUGUCUAAUAGAGCACAAAUGGAGGGAUGAGUCAGGUUGAAAUGAAUAUUUCUUUGUCCUGCUACCUUGCCUAUUCUACAAAAUGUGUAUAAAAUUGGUCAGUACACUCUUAGUACCUCUCUGCUGUGGGUUGAAGAAGUCAGAGGAGCAUAUUUACCAUAUUUCAUCAGUUUGGUAAAGACUAAAGGAAAGGCUGUUAGGAAAACUUCAGGGUUGUGGGUGUGAUCCAAACUGGGUUGCCUUAGAACAAGUGAAGCAGUUUUUCACACGGUUGCGGGUGAUUUGUCCUAUUGACAGGGAAUGACAGGCUUACCACACCCUGCCUAGACAAAUUGUACAACACUUGAAAACAAAAUACUUAUGAAAUGUUAGUGACAUCGUAUUGACCACACUCCAUUUAUAUCUGUCUUCUUCUUUGCCUUCUGAUUGAAAAGCCUUUGGAGAGAAGGACAGGAUAAGGAGAAACAUUGAUUAUCCUUCAGUUUGCUUUAGAAUAAGGCAAAGGACAAGAAUAGAUUCAUUUAUGGAUUAUUACGUAACUGGAUCCACCUGUGACUCUGGAAAACUAGGGUCUUAAUUGUGUCACCAAUGACUAACAAUGAAUUUGACAAUGUGUUUCUUGUCUUUGCAAGAAUAGGUAAGUAAAUGUGUACAUAUAUAAAUAUAUGUAUAAAUAAAUUAAAAGAUUUUUAAUUACAA